GUGUUCUUUUCUAAAAGACGCAGGGCCCAAAAUUUGGACGAUUUCCCGACUGUUGGCUGCUCCUUCGGCCCAUUUCGUUGUUUCAGCAACUUUUACGUGGGCGCAUCCAGAUUUCUCGUAGACGCACCAGGUGUCCUCAAGGAGGGAUACGAAAAGUAUGGUAAUAGACCGUUUAAGGUCGCAACCAUGCUACGCUGGACAGUGGUUCUCACUGAUCCCCAGCAUAUGGUGGAAAUUGCGGAUGCUGCGGAAGAAGACCUUUCGUUCCGUGAGGCUAUGAAAGAUAUCAUGGGCGUCGACGAUGCAUUAAAGAUCAACGUCGGCAGUCCAGAUCAUGAUCUUCUCGCCGAACUACUCAAGAGUCAUAUUGCUAGAAAUGCAACCAAAAUAUGUGCUGAAGUUCAAGACGAGUUGCUCACCUCUCUCGAAAACGUUCUAGGAAAUGAGAGUGAUGAUUGGACCUCGAUUCCCGCUUUGAGCACCGUAAGUCGAAUAAUGGUACAGACAUGGCAACGAUUCUUUGUCGGCUAUCCCCUAUGCCGCAACUCUGAGUGGUCCUCCUUGGUGGCCAAGAUUCACAAAGACGUGGCGAUCUCGAGCGUGAUCAGACGUCUCGUGCCAUCAUGGACAUUCCCAUUCUUUGCGAGAAUGACUAGCAACCUCGAGGCAAAUGUUGAUCGUGCCACCAUUCUGUUGGGUACUGCAGUGGAGGCUUGCACGAGUGAAGUGGACGAAUAUGCUACUCCAAACGAGCAAAAGUUCGACUUCCUCGCGCGACUCGUAAGGCGAUCUACCGGUGAAGAUAGUUUGUUGAGAAACCUUACGGCGCGUCUCCUUGGUUUCACCAUUGCGGUUUCAUCUGUAUGUACCCUUACACACGCCCUAUAUCAUUUAGCCACAAACCCCGAGUUUGCACAGGUAUUGCGGGAUGAAGUUGAUCCCAUCGUACAGCACGAUGGCUGGAAUAUACAAUCCGUCGCAAAGAUGAACAAGAUAGACAGUUUCCUGAGGGAAAGCGCCAGGAUCAACGGCGUAUCAUCACUGGGAUUCUUCAGGCAAGCGACGCGUGAUCUCUCGCUCUCUGAUGGCACAUUUCUCCCAAAGGGUUGUACUAUCGCGGUCUCUCUACCGCCAUUUCACCGUGACAGCACCGCAUACGAGGCCCCCGAUGAAUUCAGACCUUUCAGGUUUUCGGACAAUCCAGAACACAGCAUAACUACUAUCACGCCCCAGUGGUUGUUUUUUGGCUAUGGGAAACAUGCGUGUCCUGGGCGUUUCUUGCUCACUUAUCAGCUGAAAGUCAUGUUUGCGUACAUGAUAUCUGUCUACGACAUUAGAAUUGGCGAUGAGUGGACGUCGCGUCCGUCAAACUUCAUAUUUGGGGAGGGAAUCGUGCCGAAUCUAUCUGCGCAUGUCUCAUAUAGAAGACGGCGUGAU